GAGUCAUUCUUCAACCAUGUUUUAUUCUUUCCUUAAGUUUUUGAUCAAUGGAAUCAAAAUCAUCCUCAAACACUAGCACCCACAAGAAAGCCCAUCGAUUCCUAGAACGCACCAGACGAACUCUUCUCGACCCACUACGACUCCAAACCCCUCAACUCAUCUCCCUCUGCUCCGGAACGUAAACCAAACCAAACCAAACCAAACCGUUCCGUUACUACUCCGUCUACACUGCCUCUUCUACUACAUCUGAUUCUUGUGUGGUAUCAAACACUAUGGAAGAAGUUGACAAGCUUUCUUCUCUCGUAACAGUUGAGAAGGACCCGGUUCAAACCGGGUCGAAUACCAUGAAGGGCGAGAAACCUGAAAAUUUGAAAGAGACCACCUCCACUGAUCACCAAGGCGACGACUUUCUCCAGGAAGCUACUUCGACGUUGGAUUGGUCUCUCCUUGGCUUUUUAGCUACGUUAGUGAUCAAGUCCAUCGAGUUUCAGGUAAGUUUGAUGCUUACCUUCAUAAAUCUCCCACCUCGGUUGAUUCAUAUCUGCUUGAGCUUCGUCUCGGAUCCUUACCGCACAAUGAGACGCGGCAGACGCUAUCUGAUAUCGAGGGUUGUAGAGUUAUGUGAUUCAGGAUUGAAAGAUGAUAAGCACGUGUUGGAAGCUGUGCGCAGGUUAGCAUUGGGUCUGUUAUGGGCUGUGCAUGUAGGCAUCGUUUUGUUUGCCAUGUUGGUGUCUGCGUUUAUGGUUAGUGGGUUUUUGAUAACAUGUUUGUCUCAAGAACCACUUGUGAUUAAAGAGAGUUUGAGUUUUGAUUACACCAAGAACAGUCCAGAAGCAUAUGUGCCCGUUACCCACCGAGUUAACACUCCAAAUCACAAGACAGAGGUCAGUGUCUCAAUGACAUUGCCCGAGUCUGAAUACAACAGAAACCUCGGGAUGUUCCAGGUUCGUGUGGACUUCUUAUCCGAGAACGGUCAAGUGCUUGCUACUUCAAGGGAGCCGUGUAUGCUGAGGUUUAGAACCGAACCUAUCCGUCUCGUCCAGACUUUUUUAAAGAUAGCUCCGCUUGUCUCUGGCUACGUCUCUGAAACACAAACCUUGAACUUGAAACUCAAAGGGUUUUCCGAAAAGGACGUUGGUAGUACUGUUUGCGUGAAGGUAGUGAUUGAGCAGCGUGCGGAGUUUCGUGAUGGAGCAGGUAUACCAGAGAUUUAUGAAGCGUCUCUGUUGCUUGAGUCCGAACUUCCGUUCUUGAAAAGGGUUAUAUGGAAGUGGAGGAGGACUUUGUUUGUGUGGAUAAGCAUGAGUUUGUUUGUUACGGAACUGGUUUUCGCUUUAGUUUUCUUCUGGUGUCUGAUCAUCCCAAGAACAGGUCAGAGGACACAGCAAAGUGAUGGAACACCUUCCGUUCAUGCGGGAAGUAGAUAAAAUGGGAGGUUUCUGUAACGGCCGGUACUUACUGUAACUUUACUUUCUUCACAUGUGGUUCCAUUAUGUUCUUUGAUCAAAGUUUAAUAUCAUUCAUGCCUGCUAAUCAAUGUUUGUAUUUGUACGUUUGUGCUAUGUUCUUCAAUCAAUUUUUAAAGUCACAUUUAUACCGACUAAAUGAGCCCAAUUACGGCUGGGAUUUUAUCCAAGCAGCCAAAUCGAAUCAAAACUUUUGGUGCAGGUUUGGUUUUAAGUUCUUCAGUUCAGUUUUUUUUUCUUUUUUUUUUUAAUAAAUGAAUGUUAGUUCAGUUUCAAAUUUGUUUUUUUUUUAAAACAAAUAUUGUACCAAACUAACUUAAAUAACCAAAAUUUUGAAUCGAUAUUAAACCAAAACUUCGAAUCCAUAUUAAACCAAAAUUUCGAAUCGAAACUAAACCAAAAUACAGUUAUAAGUUAUAACUUUUAAAAACCGAACUAACCAAAUAAACAAAUCAGUUUUUAAAGAAAGUUGUACAUUGAACCGAGUUAACC